AUGUCGUUCUUCGUGGACAUCGUCACCGAGGACUCGUUCUACGAGAACCUGACCCUGGGUGUGGUCAAGAUCCUCGAGAACUCGCCGUGCGUGAAGAACGUGCGGGUCGAGAGACGAAACGGCUGCGAGCCCGGAGCCAUCACCAGCUGGGAGCAACGCCACUGUUGCACGCUUCCCGAGAACAUUCGGAAUUUCUACGCGUCCGUCGACGGUUUCCUGCUGCUGUGGAACCUCGACAUAGCGGGUGAGGAAUUCCCGAUCGGCCGCAUGGAGAUCGGCAGUCUGUCGUCCUUGAAGAGGUACGCCGACAAGGACCGACAGGCAGGCCCGUCGACGCAGGACGCCUCGUCGUCGUCCUCGGGGACUCAAGUGGAGGACUCUACAGCGGAAACGGAAGGCACGGACGCGUUAUUCUCCGGGGAUUCCCGCGACUGCAAGCUCUUUGAGAUCGGCCAAUGCUACCCGGGAGCCGGCAACGGCAAGGUCUAUCUCGCGUAUCGUUCCAAGCAGGAGCAGGAUUCACCGAGCAUCUGGCUCCACCGUCGAGGCAGCUGGUACCAACUGGCCGACGAUUUCACCACCUACUUCCGUAUGAUGCUGGUCCACCUGGGCCUGCCGUUAUGGCAGUGCUGCGUCGUCGGUGUGCCGUUGCCCACUUGGGUGGAACAGGCGUACUUUCUCGUAGGACCGCACCUGCUGUCGUCCAUAAUCGAACCGGGCGAGACCGUGUCGACGUCCUUGUGGAACAACGGGCCCAUCAACGUCUUGGAUCCGGCCAUCUUCAAGGCCAAGGACGGCAAGCAGAGGAACGCUCGCAAGAAAUGA